AUGGACAGCCUGUUUGCGGCUACUGAUGGGCUCUUUCAGCUGGUUUUUUCUGGAUCUCAGCUGGAUUUUGUGCUGAUUUCAGCUGGGGAUCGUGGCUCAUUUUGUUGCUACAGCUGGUUUUAUCAGACUUUAUCUUUGGUAAACAUUGAAGGCUUUCCACGGUUCUGCUCAGAGGGUUUUCAGCUGGAUUUCCAGCUGGUCUCAACGGGUUUCCAGCUGGUUUUCCAUGAUUUCUUUGUGGUUCUCUGCUGGUUCUUAUGGGCUCCACUUGCUGCUGUGAUUGCUGUGCUGUUUUGUUGGUGUCAAUGGUUCAUGUGCACAGCUUUCUUGUCGCUGCUGCUGGCCACCUCUGUCAGCUGGGGAUUUGUUCUCAGCGGGCUCUCAGUUGCUGUGUUGGUUCUGGGCUUAUGUUCAUUCCUCAUGGUUUUCAUCAUCUCGCAGUUGCUGUCUCUUGGGUUUCCAGCUUUCCUCCAGCUGAAUUUUCUGGAUCUUCAGCUGGACUCUCAGCUGGCUUUUGCUGGCCUUCAUGUCCCAUUUUAUGUCCUUUUCUUUUUUGAUGGUUUAUGCCACAUUGGCUUCCUUGUUUUUGUUAAAGCCCGGCUUCCUUGCUUCUUGUAA